UCAGUUCCAUUUACUAUCCACCCCCUCCAUAUUCUCUGUCCCCAUUGCUUUUUUUUGAAACUAUAAACUCCAUCUUUCCCUCUACGCUUUCUCUGUGAAACUGAAACCCUAAUCUUCUUUCUUCUUCACUCUAACAAUGGAGUUCAACUUUCUAGGAAUCGAUAAGCAGAAGCAAUACAACUACAUGUUCCCCACAUCGUCUUCCUCAAACUACACUUACAUCUCCGAUCAGCCCAUGAUCCACGGCGGAAGAAGCGUAGUUCCGGUGGGGUUUCCGUCGUCGUUGAUGGUAGGGCAACCGCUGCGUUCGUACCGUCAGUUUGAGCCGGAGAUGUGGCUUCAUGGUGAACGGUUUCUACCGUACGAUGCAACGGUUUCAAUGCCGCUUGAAGAGAGAUAUUACGGCGGUGAAGGAUAUGAUCACCGCCGUGAGAUUACGGGAUUUGAGGCGGCGCAGUUUCAGCGGUUACGACAAUUGCCUACCAUGUUGGGAAAUAAAACCGGUGCAACUAUGUCUGGAUCGAAAAGGAAAGCACCGUUACCAUCAUCACCAACCGUUGCAGGUUCAAGCGGGCUUUGUUCAAAGAAAGUAACCGAGGAAUGGAGAUGCGCAGUAUGUGACAUUAGCGCUACAUGUGAGCGGGCGCUGCAUGAUCAUCUACAGGGGAAAAAACACCUAGCUAAAAUUGAAUCUUUGAAAUGCAACAACACUAGUGCUGCUGACAUUGGUCUCGGUGUGAAGAAACAAGCAUUCGAGAUCAAGAGUUUGAAAAGCAACAAGUCUUGUGGUGAAAUUGGGCUUGGGAUAAAGAAGGUUUGUGUGAAGAACCAAACAUCUGAGGUUAAGAGUGUUUCAACAGAUGUAAAGAAAGUGAAGAUGAAAAAGAAGUUCAAGUUCUGGUGCAAGACUUGCAAGAUAGGAGCUUAUGAUGAGGUAGUUAUGAAGGACCAUAAGAAAGGAAAAAAACAUGUGAAAAACCGUCGUAUGAUUAUCAAGGCUCGUGCACAAAAGAGGUCUUCGGAGAGAAAAGGCAUAUGAUUUAUGUUGGUCAGAUGCCACCAGCUGGUUUAGGUGUAUACAUUGAACAUGGUUUGCUAGGUUUUUAUCUGGAUAUAUGUAAUGUAUACAGAUGUUUAUGUUCUGGUAACUAGCUGAAUUGAUCAUCGAUCUGGCCUUUGUGGAUGUUAUUUUUUU